AUGCUUUGUUGGAUCGUGUGCUGUCUGAUAUGGCUGAUUUCUGCCUUCAAUGGGAGCUGUUCAGAAGUUCCUCCUGUGAACAAUAGUGUAUUUGUUGGAAAGGAAACAGAAAACCAGAUUCUGGGAAUUUACCUUUGUAUCAAAGGCUACCACUUGGUGGGAAAGCAGUCUUGGGUCUUUGAUCUCUCGAAGGAAUGGAAUGCUUCCGUCCCUGAGUGCCACAUGGGCCACUGUCCUGACCCUGUCCUGGAAAAUGGCAAGACCAGUUCUUCUGGGCCUGUGAAUGCAAGUGACAAAAUCAUGUUUGAGUGCAAUGACGGUUACGUCCUCAAGGGAAGCAAUUGGAGCCAGUGUCUAGAGGACCAUACCUGGGCCCCUCCCUUUCCCGUCUGCAAGAGUAGAGACUGUGAACCUCCUGGGGCUCCUGUCCAUGGCUAUUUUGAAGGAGGCACUUUCACUUCAGGAUCCGUUGUGACUUAUGACUGUGAAGAUGGGUAUGACCUAGUGGGCACACAGACGCUGCAAUGUAUUGAUGGGGAGUGGAACAGUUCCUAUCCUACCUGUGAGUCCAUUCAGGAAGCCCCCAAGCCUGCCGAACAGACUGCACUUGAGAAAGCUAUUCUCUCCUUUCAGGAGAGUAAGGACCUAUGCAGUGCUACAGAGAACUUCGUGGGAAGACUAAAGGAAGGUGGAGUAACAAUGGAAGAACUUAAAUAUUCCCUGGAGAUGAAGAAAAUUAAGUUGAAGGCAGACAUUUUACUGAAAGGUCAUAGCUAAUCAGAAUGGCCACAGACAUACACCUAUGAAUAAACUGCUUCUAAAGGUG